UGCAACUGAGCACCAGUAUGCUCGUGAAGCUGGUGUUGGUAACUUGUCUUGGCGUCGCAACUGCCCGUCCCAAAAUGCGAGAUGGUCAGGAGCUGGUCCUGCAUACUGGUGGUGCAGCAGAAUUAAUGCGGAGUCCACUAAACGCUUCGUGUACCACCAUCGCCGUAACAGACAGUACUACCACUCCUCCAGACGCUGUAAAGGAUCUGCUCGAAAAAUCAGCGUUGGACCAGUGGCAAGUGAUGGCAACAUUUGAGGUGAAUUUAGAGAAGAGAAACACCACCAUUACUGAUCGCCUGUCGAAGUUGAUCCCCUUAGCACGUCAACAGGCGCGUCAGCUGUCGUGGUGCUCGAUGGUGGUGGUGGUGAGUCUCGAUCCUGACUUUCUCAUCGCAUUCGCGGAGUGGUCUCUGAAGGGAAGGCUGCUGGUGUGGACCACCAAGCUGCUGGUGGUGAGCCGCCUGACAAAUACGCAGCUCCAGGACCUUCUGCCCGCCCACUGGACUUUCUCCAUGAUGAACACAGUGUUUCUCAACAUGGAGGGCGACGCUGAGCAGCCCCGGUGUGGUAUGUACACGUACUUGCCGUACAGCAAAGGUGGCUCCCAGAUGGUGAAGAUCGCCUUCUGGACACCAGCUCACGGCUUCAAACACCUCUCUUCUGUCUCCUUUUUCCAGGACAAAUUCCAAAAUUUCUACGGAGCCAAAGUGAACGUGACAUCCGAACCCUACAUGCCUUACUGGGACGAGGAAGAGGUGCUGGCCGCUGAUGGUUCCAAGACAAUCGUGUACCGUGGCUCUGACUACCGCAUGGUGGAUGCUAUUGCCUCGGCUCUUAAUUUUACUGUCCGCGUCCUUCCGACGUCAUCGUGGACUGAGGUAACAAGACUGGUGGAGGAGAAGACUUCACUGAUAUCUCCAAUUAUUCAUAAUAUCAUACCAGAGCGCAUCGAAAAAUUUGACUUCACUUAUUUAUAUGAAAAUUCAUAUUCGUCAUUUGGCAUGGCUAAACCCAACCUGGAGCCUCGAUGGAAGAGCGUUUACUAUCCUCUGUCUACUGGAGUGUGGAUAGCAGUGAUUGGACAUGUCGUCUUCUUUCCAUUCCUUUUGUGGCAGCUCAUUCGUGCAGGACAUGAUGGAGACACAGACGUGAGUGUGGGGGCAGUGUUCCAGGACAUGGUGGGGAUGCUGCUCGGCCAGAACCUUCCUCACCGGUUGUCCUACACCUCCUCCAGCAGGGUUCUGGUGGCUGCCUGGCUGAUGUUCGCUCUCAUCCUCGGAUUGGCCUACCGGGGCAACUUGACUGCCUCUCUCACCCUGCCCAAGUAUCCACCGCGCCCAGAGACACUCAAGGAAAUCGUCGACAGUGUUGACAUGGUAACGAUGCCUAGUUACGGUAAACACUUCCGUAAAUUCUACAGUGACUCUGAGUCUCCAUUAUUUCAAGCUCUGGGAAGCCUUAUGAACCCUGGACCUUCACUCAUGGAGGGGCUCAAGAUGGCGUUGGUGAAAAGAAGCAGCCAUCUAGAUGCAAGAAAGUACAUUCAGCAUGGAAUUCUUGAUAAAUUUACGGAGAAAGACGGCAGCACCCCUCUGUACGUCACUCGUGGAUCCGUCUCUCCCACCCCUUGUGGAUGGCCAAUCCCACACGACGCGCCGUACAAGGCUCACUUGGACAGGUUGAUCGUGGCCACCUUGGAGGCUGGCCUCUAUGAUAAGUGGACAGCAGACUUGAUGAGGGAGACGAAGCUCAGAAGUCAGAGGAGACAACGGCAACGUCACGCUGCAGGUCACGAAGGCCAGACAGAACCAAGGGGCGUAAAUGAGGAUGGUCUACCAACCCUCACGAUUAACCACACGCAGGGCGCCUUCAUCCUCCUCCUGCUGGGUCUCGUCUUUGAUAUACUCGUAUUUUCCAGUGAGCUGCUAUGUAAGAUUUAACGGUUCAAAUAAAAUCUGUGGCCAUUAAACAAUAAA